AUGCUUGCAAACGCACUCGUCGUCCUCGCAUCCAUCGCUCUCCUGCAUGCCGCUUUCUCGGCUUAUGAGUACUUGAGCGCGCUCAAAGCACUCGGACAACCCAGUGCAGCGUUGCCAAACAGCAUCAUCGCAGAGGCCGUCGUUUCCCUUCUCAUCUUCAUUCCGGCUAUUGCGCUCGCCUACCCUCCCCUCCAGGACGUGACCUACCGCGGCGAACUGGCAAAGCGCACACCCGACGACAUGGACGCGCGCAUGGGCUUUAUGCGCUUCAGCGCACGCGGCGCGGCCCUCUUCGGCGAUCGCUCAUAG